AGGGCCGAGUUGUAAACUGCCCAGAAGAUGCCUCCGGAAUCAUCACCGGCAGGAGGGACUUCCAUCUCAAACGUGAGUCACUCCACAACAAGACAGACACCAGACCCGUGCUGUGACCAGACAGAUGCUAAGACCACCAACGACGUACACAUUGGUGAUACUGCCUCGAGUGUAACUGACAGUUACUAUUUUGUAACCCAGGUUUCAAGAGCGGUGGCACUAGCUGUCAUCGUCUUGAGCAUUUACUCCAGAAACUGUAUCCAAGCUCACGUAGAUACGCUGUGGGCGUGGUUAAGACACGAUUCCGUCUUCCGGUCAGCCUACUUUGAGACCAUCUACGUCACUGCCGUUUACGGCCUCAUCAUUGCCGCCUAUCCGUAUGCCGCCCACUACAUGCCAUUUCUGCAGCGGUUCAAAGUGACUGGUGACGUCACCUACAUCCACCAGACCACCCCUGGUAUAGUGCUGGAAGCGGUCAAGUACGUCGCGCCUCUGUUGGCAGCAGACGCGGUGAUCGUCAAAAGGUACUGGGACGUCCAUGAGUCCGAGUGGGAGACUAGACGUCACCAAUGGAUCCAGACCACGAGGGCGUUGCCAGGGGACGCGCCGCCAUUCCUUCUUCUCUGCGCGCAGGUUGCGGCCAGCGUUUUUGUCUUUGACUUCCUUUUCUUUGGCGUGCACUUGCUGCUGCACAAGAAUCUGUUUCUGUUCAAGCACUUCCACGCGGUGCACCACCAGCACACUCUGAUGCACGCCCACGUGACCAACCAGCUGUCCGUCGUGGAGCGCCUUCUGCUCAUUGCCUCCGCCAACUAUGCCCUGAAGCUGUUCCGGUGCCACCCUCUCACGCGCGUCGUCUACGUCCCGGUGUUUCUGUGGCUCCUCGUUGACAACCACACCGGGUACGACCUGCCCUGGGGACCCCAUCGCCUGGUGCCCUGGGGGCUGAUGGGUGGCCCGGCGAAACACUAUGCUCACCAUGUACACGGCACGAGGCACUACCAGCCAUUCUUCAACUACCUGGACAGCUGGUUGGAGGGAAGACGACCAACAAACGCACAUAACCAGGUGGAGGGGAGACAAUCUUUACAUCUACAAAAACGUGAUUAGUAUUGGAAAUAGGUAGAGAAUAAAUUAGCCGCAACCCUCGUGUUGCAAGAUGAUGUUAGAUAUGUGGAUCAGUUUUUACUUGAAAUUCUUCUUGAACAUCAAAUGUUUAAUGUUUUUGUUCAUUUGCUAAAGAUAAAAAAAUGUCUACCGUGUUUCUCAGAAAAUAAGCCCAAAAUCAUUGCUCUUUCCGGAUGCUCUUAAAAUAAAACCCCCCCCAAAAUAAGCC